UGGGCCUCCCAAGACUAGCCCAAAGAAGCUAGCACGCCUGUCGUUGCCUUGUCGUAGCCUGGUGUGAUCCACCUCUCAGAUGUAUAAAAAAUCGCCUCUCGGAUAAGAGAAUCAGACUUUAGAAACGUUAUCACGAAAUGGCACCCACUACACGACGACAGCAGAACUAUCACAAUGCUGUAAUAGAACAUGCUGGCUUGAAGUCUUCACGACGACCAGCAGAAAGCACGGCCGCUCCAACAACGCGGCAACUGAGGAAACGAAAAGCACCAACCCAAGGGCCUGAGGAAUCGCCAGGACGAAAACGAAUCAACCACGACGGUUGUACCGACGGCAACUGUGUUGCUUUUAGGGAGCAAAUCAGCAUCCCGUCUAUUGAGACUACCCCAUCCACCCCAUCCAGCGGCUUCCUCUCUCUCCCUCGCGAACUCCGCGAUGAGAUCUACAAACACGUCCUCCACUCAGUGGAAGAACGCGCAGUCACGCUCCAGGACGGCAACUUGAUCACGAAAUCCAGUCUCAUCAGAGUCAACACCCAAAUCAAACAAGAAUUCCUAGACGCUGUCUUACUCCACGCCCCCACAAUCCACACCACGGUGCGGAAUCACAACUUCGCGCACGUAGUCACAUUCCUCAACCAGCUCUCAGACGCACAGAUGCGCAAACUCGCCGCUGCAUCGACGCCGAGCUCCGAUUCCGAGGCGAAGAUGAGGAGCAGGAAGAUCGUCGUCACGCUGACUUAUUCGCGGACCAAAGCGAGUACGAAGCCGCAGCUGAAUCGAUGGCUGGAUCGGUUCGAUGAUCCGAGGCGCAGGGGUGCUGAGGUGCGCUUUGAGUAUCGCUUGGAUCGGGGGAGUUGGCGUAACGGCGGGUAUAAGCAGAGGGCUACGGGGAGGACAAGCGCGGGACCGAGGAGUCGGGAGGAGGUUAGGAAGAUUCUGGAUGUGACGAGGGCUGGAUCGAGUGGGUAUUGGUGUUGAGGGCUGGGUGGGGGGAUGGCAGGUGGUAGUUAGGUUCUGAUGGUUUGACGAGUGUGGACGAACAUGAAGGACGCAUCCAUAUUUAUCUACAGCACCUGGUCAGACUAUCCAGACUGCGCUACUCAGUACGCCGCGGUGAUGGCGAGCUAAUGACGCACCUUUGUGACACUGACGCGUGAUGUCCAC